AUGAUGGCACCAGCAACGCCCAAAGCGCUCAAGAAAAUAGGAGUAAAAGCCUCACCGCAGUCAUCAGGCAAGAAAAAGCUAAAACAAGCCACGCUACUGUCGUUCUUUGGCAAGCAGAGUAAGAGUAACGCGAGUACUCCUGCCAAAAAAGAAGGAAACAGGUCACUUUUCGUUGAAGCAGAAGAUACGUUUGACAAUGAUUCGGGAUUCGUGACAGCCAUCGAUGAAGCGUCGACGAUAAUGGAACCCCCGGCGAAAUCAUGCUCUCCUCUAACAGAUGUUAGCACCCUAACCAAACCAAGCGAGAAAAAGCCUGAUACGUCCAUUGUUAUAGCCGAAAGCAUCCUUAAUUCAGAUAUUCAUGACGAGGAGUUGAGAAACUCAAGCUCGGGUUCUGGUACCCCAAGUAAACGAUCCAAGAGAAGUGUAAGCUAUGCCGAAGAUAGCGAUGAUGACGAGAAGCUUGACAUCAGUUCUUCCAAGAAGAAAAAACGGAGAGUUCUAGAUAGUGAUGACGAAGAAGAUUACGUGCCAGAAGACCAAGGUGAGAGUGAUGAAGAUGAAGAAGAGGCUGACGUCGAGGCACCCUCCGCAAAAGAUGAGCUGAAUGAAGAUGCAGCUUCCGCAUCAAAUGAUGAUGACGAUGACGACGAUGACAUUUUGAAACUGUCAGCAGACAAACCGAGAACGGUUAGUCCAUCCAAAACAUAUACAAAGUCAUCUACAAGUGGCUCGCGCAUUGCGACCACAAAGAAGGCUUCUCCUCGGAACAGAAGUCCGUCCCACAAUAGCAAGUCAAAACACUCCAAUUUUAAUAAGGAAAAUGAGGAACGUUAUCAGUGGCUAAUUCAUGAACGUGAUGCACAAGGUCGCUCAACUGAUGAUCCUGAAUACGACGCCAGAACUCUGUACAUUCCUUCUUCAGCUUGGUCUAAAUUCACACCAUUUGAGAAGCAGUAUUGGGAGAUAAAAUCGAAGAUGUGGGACUGCAUAGUAUUUUUUAAGAAAGGAAAGUUUUUCGAACUUUACGAGAAGGAUGCUAUGCUAGCAAAUCACCUGUUUGAUCUGAAAAUUGCGGGAGGUGGUCGUGCGAACAUGCAGCUAGCUGGCAUACCAGAAAUGUCAUUUGAUUACUGGGCUACGCAGUUCAUACAACAUGGUUAUAAAGUAGCGAAAGUCGAUCAAAGAGAAUCGAUGCUCGCAAAAGAAAUGAGAGAAGGCAAUAAGGGAAUUGUUCAAAGAGAAUUGCAAUACGUCCUAACUUCAGGAACGCUCACAGACUCAGGUAUGCUUCAAACUGAUUUAGCAACAUUUUGUCUCGCGAUUAGAGAGGAGCCGGGAAAUUACUAUGACCUAGAAAAUGGCGUCAAUUCCUCACAGACUGAUGGCAAGAUCUUUGGUAUAUCCUUUAUUGAUACUGCAACCGGCGAGAUCGAAAUACUUGAACUAAUAGAUGAUAAUGAGUGUACAAAACUCGAAACUCUGAUGUCUCAAGUGAAACCUAAAGAAAUUGUAAUGGAAAAGAAUAACCUUUGUAGCUUGGCCCACAAAAUUGUCAAGUUCAAUGCACAACCACAAGCCAUUUUCAAUUAUUUGAGGCCUUUAGAAGAGUUUUAUGAUUUCGAUAAGACAUUUGAUGUGUUAACCUCUCAAACAAACGGGUAUUUCUCUGAUAUGGAUCAUUGGCCCGAAGUAUUGACUAAGUACUAUGAACAAGGCAACACAGUGGGAUUCAGUGCAUUCGGGGGCCUAGUUUCGUAUCUCAAAUGGCUAAAAUUAGAUGAAUCAAUGGUUUCAAUGGGAAACAUAAAGGAAUACUCUCCAAUUAAGUCACAAGUAUCUUUGGUAUUGGACGGGGCAACGCUACAAAACUUGGAAAUAUUCAGCAAUUCCUUUGACGGAACAGAUAGAGGUACACUUUUUAAGCUGGUAAAUAAAGCCAUUACUCCUAUGGGAAAGAGAAUGAUGAAAAAAUGGGUCAUGCAUCCUUUGCUACACAAACCAGACAUCGAAAAACGAUUGGAUAGCGUCGAUCAGAUGCUUUCAACCUACGACUUGAGAGAAAUAUUAGAAAAUUACUUCAGUGGUCUUCCUGAUUUAGAAAGACUACUAGCUCGAAUUCACUCUGGAAAUUUGAAAAUCAAAGACUUCAGCAAGGUUAUAGAGGGCUUCGAAUCAAUAAUCAAGCUUCUUGAAAAGCUCGAAAAUUUUGACCUUGUCGGAUCCUUGGCAAGCUUUUUGUCCCAGAUUCCCACUGACCUCAAAGAACACGUCAAGAAUUGGGCUACUGCAUUUGACAGAAAACGCGCAAGUGUAGAGGACAUCAUUAUUCCACAUCCUGGCGUUGAACCAGAAUUCGAUGAAUCUUUACAAAGCAUUAAAGACUUGGAGAAAGUUCUUAGCGAUCUGCUUCUAGGGUACAAAAAGGAGUUUAGGUGCGCAAACAUUCAGUACAAAGAUUCGGGAAAAGAAAUAUACACCAUCGAAGUGCCUAUGGCGGUUACCAAAUCAAUUCCAUCUGACUGGACACAGAUGGGUGCCAAUAAGUCCACUAAGAGGUACUAUUCUCCUGAAGUUGCCAAACUGGCAAGGUCUAUGGCUGAAGCUCGGGAAAUGCAUAAAAUUUUGGAGGAAAGUUUGAAGAGUAGACUUUAUAAAAAGUUUGAUUCUCAUUACGGAACGGUUUGGAUGCCAACAAUAGUCUCACUUUCUAACAUGGAUUGUGUAUUAUCAUUAGCACGGACAUCUGAAUCUUUGGGAUUUCCAUGCUGCAGGCCAAAGUUUGUAGAUGAGCGAGACCCUACUACUGGUAAUAAAUUAAAUGGACAUGUAAAGUUUAAGCAAUUGAGGCAUCCAUGCUUCAACCUGGGUGCAACAUCUACAAAAGAGUUCAUACCUAACGAUAUCACAUUAGGAGGUUCUACCCCACAAAUAGGCCUAUUGACAGGUGCGAAUGCGGCCGGUAAGUCGACAGUGUUGAGGAUGACUUGUAUUGCAGUGAUCAUGGCUCAAUUAGGAUGCUAUGUUCCUGCAGAGUCCGCAGAACUCUCUCCGGUGGAUCGUAUAAUGACCAGACUUGGAGCGAAUGACAACAUAAUGCAAGGCAAAUCAACGUUUUUCGUAGAAUUGUCAGAGACCAAAAAGAUAUUGGACAUGGCAACUAAUAGGUCAUUAUUGGUGUUAGAUGAAUUGGGACGCGGUGGUUCAUCGAGUGAUGGUUUCGCGAUAGCAGAGAGUGUUUUGUAUCAUGUUGCUACUCAUAUUCAAAGUCUUGGGUUUUUUGCUACUCAUUAUGGAGCCUUGGGGCUGAGUUUUAGAAGCCAUCCAAAGGUUCGCCCUAUGAAAAUGAAUAUAUUAGUCGAUGAGGGGUCCCGGAAUAUUACAUUCCUCUAUAAGCUUGUGGAUGGACAAAGUGAAGGAAGCUUUGGAAUGCAUGUGGCCUCCAUGUGUGGAAUCUCAAAAGACAUUGUUAGCAAUGCUCAGAAAGCAGCAGAUAACCUAGAACACACGUCCAUGCUGAUUAAAAAGCGUCAGCAAGCGGAUAGCGGAAUGGAUGAGAAAAAAAUGAUUCCACUCGGUCUACAAAGUGAUUUUGUCAGGUUUAUUAAGGGCGAUGGUUUGACCAACACUUCACUGGGGACAGGUGAGGGUGUGAUGAUAUACGAUAAGAAUAUCAAGGCCCAAGUUAUCAGAAGUUUACUGUCUCUCAUCGAUGGAUUAGAAUAA